GGCCGAUCUUUUUGACCGAUCAUCCGUCACAGAGAUCCCAWCUGGCCAUUUUGUUCGARCACAGCUACGGCAGACACAAAAUCAUUUCUUGGAAGAAACAGAUCCGGAUCAAACGAUUUUUUAAAAUGAAACUUACCGCUCUAAUCCUCGCCGCCCUCCCUGCUGCUACAUCGGCAUUCACCUUUUCCAUUGCACAGGGACUUCCCAUCCGACGAUCCGUCGCAAARUUCACCGACGACAAAGUUCCGGAAGAUGCCGUUACCAAAGCCGCCGAAGGUAAGUGGCGCCAGAGACGCCUUCCCAUGACGGAAAUAAAUUGGCCCCGAGUCUCUUAUCAUCCUCAUCAAAUUCGUGGUGAACUCACCGCCUGUUUUCUUCCUUUAUCGUCCAAAAGCCGCUUUGAUGGCGCCAAACCAUUUCCUGUCGGAACCGACUCGCAUGUACGAUCUCGGUCCUGAGGCUGUCGCAAAAAUCACUGCUUUGAACGAGGACAAAGCAAAGAUGUUUGCAGGUGUUCCCGGAUGGAUGGUCUUCUCUGUAAAGACCGAACAUCUUGAUGAAAAUGGUGGCAUUUCGGCCAAACUUGCGUUGGAGGAUCAUGCAACUGUAGCGUGUGCUGCACAAAAUUUUAUGCAAUCCUUGGCUGAGGACGGUGUAGGAACCAAGUGGAUGACUGGGGCUUUGGGAGUUGAUCCAACUGAAAUCAUGAAGAUUGCAGGUGCCCCCGAAGACGAAAAAAUGAUCGGUGUUAUUUGGUACGGAAUGCCUGCCAAGCCCCUUAGCGAUAUUACGGCACCCAAAAGAAAAAUUUCGGUCGACGAUGCACUUACGAAGGUCGCUUAAGAAUACUAAAGAUGAUUAGCUAGUCGAAGACAUGUUCCAAUCAAUGUUACUUAUCAAAUCCUAAUUCGAUGACACGUUUGAAAGUUGGGAUGGGUGUGCUUUGAAUGCAAUCGAAUUCCAGGACAUUUGACG